CUCGCUCUCUUCCUCCCGACGCCCACCACAAUCCACGCCCGCAAUGCCAGACACCGCACACGAGCAGCCCCAGCAACGCCAGUUCUACCCCUACACAGAGAAUGGCGGCACCAUCCUUGCCAUUGCCGGCGCAGACUUCACCGUCAUUGCCGGAGACACUCGCCAGAGUGAGGGCUACAGCAUCCAGACCCGCUAUGCGCCCAAAGUUUUCCGACUAACCGAGCGCGCCGUGCUCGCGGUGAACGGCUUCGCAGCGGACGGGAACAUGUUCGUAAAAAAGGUCAAGCAGCGGCUCGAGUGGUACCGUCACGCGCACGCCAAGGAGAUGCCUCUCCGUGCGAUCGCGCGGCUCAUUCAGACGAUGCUCUAUGCACAGCGCUUCUUCCCAUACUACGUGAACAACAUUCUCGGCGGCAUCGAGGAAGAUGGCUCAGGCGCCGUCUACUCCUUCGACCCCGUCGGCUCGUAUGAGCGCGAGGCGUGUCGUGCCGCAGGCGCAGCGUCCUCGCUCGUACAACCUUUCCUGGAUAAUCAGAUCUAUUUCAAGAACCAGACCCCGGCGCCCGGAACCCCACACCCCACAUACCUCCCGCUACCAGAUGUUCUUGCCAUUGUCAUCGACUCAUUUACCAGCGCGACGGAGCGCCAUAUUGAGGUUGGAGAUGGCCUUGAAAUGUACGUUGUCCUCGCAAAGGGACGCAGUAUAGAAGAGCUCGCAGACGUCGCGGGCGUGCAGGAAUUGACGACACGCGCAGACGGGGACCGCAUGUUUGUCAUCCAGAGAGAAUUGAAGAAAGACUAGUUGCGCGGUGCGGAUGCGAUCGUAGACGUGACGUAUGGGCCUUGUACGCAUCUAAUGGACAUACCCUUCGAAGCCUUCUUGUCGCCUCCUGGCGUGUAUCAAGUACGUGUACAAAUAUGCUUCGCGGCACCGCAUGUAGCUGCCUACUCAGUAGCGCGUAGCAUGUUUCCGUGUCCACGAUAAUGAAUGGCCGCAGCAGACGGUGUGUAUUGCC